UGUCCUGUUCAUGUAAACCUUGAAAACUUGUUUAGAGCAACCAGGAAACGGAUAUUUCAGAACAAGCUUUGCCAUCAUAUCGAUCGGAGUUAAAUCACCCCUUGCUAUUCUUUGUUGCCAUGAUGUCAACUCGAAGAUCUUCCACGUACAUAUCCUUAAGAUGGCGAUUAUUUGUUGGAUUGCGACGGCAAAUAGGACUGCUUAUGUUGCUGCUUCAUGUGGUUAACAUGGUAGGUGGCCAGAUUCGUUAUUCUAUACCAGAAGAGAUGAAGAAGGGCUCUGUUAUUGGUAAUGUAGCGCAAGAUCUUGGUUUAGAUCUGAAGAGACUCCGUUCUGGGCGGGCCCGCAUCGUGACCGGAGAAAGCAUCCAGUACACCGAGCUGAAGACAGACAAAGGGAUUCUAGUCGUGAAUGAGAGAAUAGACCGAGAGCAGCUCUGUGGAGACGUAACGCCAUGCAGCUUCAGCUUUGAGGUGAUUUUAGAAAAUCCUAUGGAACUGCACAGAAUAACAAUACUGAUCCAGGACCAGAACGACAACCCUCCUCAGGUUCUGUACCCAGUCCAGACUGGUGGCUCUCUGGUGGCUGAAAUGGUGCCUCGUUCAGCAGAUGUGGGCUAUCUGGUGACUAAAGUGGUGGCUGUUGAUGUGGACUGUGGACAGAAUGCCUGGCUCUCCUAUAAACUGCAGAAAGCCACAGACAGGGCGCUGUUUGAAGUGGGCUUACAGAAUGGAGAAAUAAGAACUAUCCGCCAAGUUACUGAUAAAGAUGCAGUGAAACAAAGACUGACUGUUAUAGUGGAGGACAACGGGCAGCCCUCUCGUUCAGCUACAGUCAUUGUUAACGUGGCGGUGGCGGACAGCUUCCCUGAAGUGCUGUCUGAGUUCACUGACUUUACACACGACAAGGAGUACAAUGACAACCUGACUUUUUACUUAGUGUUGGCUCUGGCUGUAGUUUCCUUCCUCUUCAUCACGUGUUUAGUGGUUAUUAUAUCAGUGAAAAUCUACAGAUGGAGACAGUCUCGCAUCCUGUAUCACUCCAAUCUCCCUGUGAUUCCAUAUUAUCCACCACGUUACUCAGACACUUUGGGGACAGGGACUCUCCAACACGUGUACAACUACGAGGUGUGCAGGACGACUGACUCCAGAAAGAGUGACUGUAAGUUCGGCAGAGCUGGUAGUCAGAACGUGCUGAUAAUGGACCCCAGUUCUACAGGGACGAUGCAGCGGAUACAGAACGAAAAGAGCAUCCUGGAUGAACCAGACUCUCCUUUAGAGGUUAGUUGA